AAGAUCGGAGCAAAACAGGCAGCGAAAAGUAGACAGAAAAAAAAAACAGAGAGAGCUUUGCACGGGAUUCACCGGCGCCGCCGCGGAGCAGCAAGCACAGGCAGGCAGCAGCGAGCCCCGGCGAGCGAGGAUGCACUCCUUCGGGCACCGCGCGAACGCGGUGGCGACGUUCGCCCUGACGAUACUGGCCGCCAUGUGCUUGGCCGCCUCCUUCUCCGACAGCUUCAACUCCCCCACCCCCACCGCCUCCGUCAAGAUCCUCAACAUCAACUGGUUCCAGAAGGAGGCCAACGCCAACGACGAGGUUAGCAUGACGCUGAACAUCUCCGCCGACCUUUCGUCGCUCUUCACGUGGAACACGAAACAGGUCUUUGUUUUCGUGGCAGCUGAGUAUGAGACUCCACAAAAUGCCCUGAACCAAGUCUCCCUUUGGGAUGGAAUCAUACCGGCGAAGGAGCACGCCAAGUUUUUGAUCCAUACCACAAACAAGUACAGAUUCAUUGACCAGGGGAGCAACCUGAAGGCCAAGGACUUCAACCUGACGAUGCACUGGCACAUCAUGCCCAAGACGGGCAAGAUGUUCGCGGACAAGAUUGUCAUGACAGGGUACCAGCUACCCGAGCAGUACAGAUAGACCACCACCGUCCCUAAAAGAACAGCUGCUAGCCCUAUAUAUGGUCCGCUGUGCUGUGCAAACGCAGGAAGGGUUGUAGUGGCAGUGAUGAUGUAGCUGGCGCCAGGCCUUUUUUGCUCUAAUCUUGGCGGGGCAGGACAUGUAAACUUGCUCAUGAGCUUGUAUGUUAGCCGAAUAUGCGCAAGGCGAAUCCGUAUUGUUAACUGUCGAAUGCGAAACUUUGAUGUUAGCAACUGC